AUGCACUGGAUUUCAACAACACUGGAUUUCAACAACACUGGAUUUCAACAACACUGGAUUUCAACAACACUGGAUUUCAACAACACUGGAUUUCAACAGCAUUGGAUUUCAACAACACUGGAUUUCAACAACACUGGAUUUCAACAACACUGGAUUUCAACAACACUGGAUUUCAACAACACUGGAUUUCAACAACACUGGAUUUCAACAACACUGGAUUUCAACAACACUGGAUUUCAACAACACUGGAUUUCAACAACACUGGAUUUCAACAACACUGGAUUUCAACAACACUGGAUUUCAACAACACUGGAUUUCAACAACACUGGAUUUCAACAACACUGGAUUUCAACAACACUGGAUUUCAACAACACUGGAUUUCAACAACACUGGAUUUCAACAACACUGGAUUUCAACAACACUGGAUUUCAACAACACUGGAUUUCAACAACACUGGAUUUCAACAACACUGGAUUUCAACAACACUGGAUUUCAACAACACUGGAUUUCAACAACACUGGAUUUCAACAACACUGGAGCCGUGUCCCAUGUGUGCGGGUGCCAUCUUUCCCCAUUCACAUCUCUCUUCCGUUUCCCCUUAUCCCACCUAUCCCCCCUAUCCUCCCUAUACCCUUUAUCCCUUCUACCCUUCCCUCUCAGCGCUGCACAAUAUACGUGACCCUAGAGCCGUGCUCCAUCUUUAAGAGCCCUCCCCUCAAUCAACCUCGCCCUCCUCUCAACCCUCUCAUCGCCUUCCUCUUAAUAAUCCCUUCGCCCCUUCUCAACCCUCCCUUCGCCCUCCUCUCAACCCUCCCUUCGCCCUCCUCUCAACCCUCCCUUCGCCCUCCUCUCAACCCUCCCUUCGCCCUCCUCUCAACCCUCCCUUCGCCCCCUCUCAACCCUCCCUUCGCCCUCCUCUCAACCCUCCCUUCGCCCUCCUCUCAACCCUCCCUUCGCCCUCCUCUCAACCCUCCCUUCGCCCUCCUCUCAACCCUCCCUUCGCCCUCCUCUCAACCCUCCCUUCGCCCUCCUCUCAACCCUCCCUUCGCCCUCCUCUCAACCCUCCCUUCGCCCCCUCUCAACCCUCCAUUCGCCCUCCUCUCAACCCUCCCUUCGCCCUCCUCUCAACCCUCCCUUCGCCCUCCUCUCAACCCUCCCUUCGCCCUCCUCUCAACCCUCCCUUCGCCCUCCUCUCAACCCUCCCUUCGCCCUCCUCUCAACCCUCCCUUCGCCCCCUCUCAACCCUCCCUUCGCCCUCCUCUCAACCCUCCCUUCGCCCUCCUCUCAACCCUCCCUUCGCCCUCCUCUCAACCCUCCCUUCGCCCUCCUCUCAACCCUCCCUUCGCCCUCCUCUCAACCCUCCCUUCGCCCUCCUCUCAACCCUCCCUUCGCCCUCCUCUCAACCCUCCCUUCGCCCUCCUCUCAACCCUCCCUUCGCCCUCCUCUCAACCCUCCCUUCGCCCUCCUCUCAACCCUCCCUUCGCCCUCCUCUCAACCCUCCCUUCGCCCUCCUCUCAACCCUCCCUUCGCCCUCCUCUCAACCCUCCCUUCGCCCUCCUCUCAACCCUCCCUUCGCCCUCCUCUCAACCCUCCCUUCGCCCUCCUCUCAACCCUCCCUUCGCCCUCCUCUCAACCCUCCCUUCGCCCUCCUCUCAACCCUCCCUUCGCCCUCCUCUCAACCCUCCCUUCGCCCUCCUCUCAACCCUCCCUUCGCCCUCCUCUCAACCCUCCCUUCGCCCUCCUCUCAACCCUCCCUUCGCCCUCCUCUCAACCCUCCCUUCGCCCUCCUCUCAACCCUCCCUUCGCCCUCCUCUCAACCCUCCCUUCGCCCUCCUCUCAACCCUCCCUUCGCCCUCCUCUCAACCCUCCCUUCGCCCUCCUCUCAACCCUCCCUUCGCCCUCCUCUCAACCCUCCCUUCGCCCUCCUCUCAACCCUCCCUUCGCCCUCCUCUCAACCCUCCCUUCGCCCUCCUCUCAACCCUCCCUUCGCCCUCCUCUCAACCCUCCCUUCGCCCUCCUCUCAACCCUCCCUUCGCCCUCCUCUCAACCCUCCCUUCGCCCUCCUCUCAACCCUCCCUUCGCCCUCCUCUCAACCCUCCCUUCGCCCUCCUCUCAACCCUCCCUUCGCCCUCCUCUCAACCCUCCCUUCGCCCUCCUCUCAACCCUCCCUUCGCCCUCCUCUCAACCCUCCCUUCGCCCUCCUCUCAACCCUCCCUUCGCCCUCCUCUCAACCCUCCCUUCGCCCUCCUCUCAACCCUCCCUUCGCCCUCCUCUCAACCCUCCCUUCGCCCUCCUCUCAACCCUCCCUUCGCCCUCCUCUCAACCCUCCCUUCGCCCUCCUCUCAACCCUCCCUUCGCCCUCCUCUCAACCCUCCCUGCGCCCCUCUCAACCCUCCCUGCGCCCCUCUCAACCUGCCUCGACUCUCUUUACCACCUCAUGGGCUGCUCCCCUUGCACUUUUCGCACACCGCUCAUCCCUCCAACUCAACACCCCCACUCUGCUCUUCCCGUGCUCCCCCGCCCUGCUGCCCCGUGCUGUCCCCUCACAGCUUGUUCCCGCCACGACCAUCAGCACAUGGCUCUCCCUCUCACCGCCUGCCACCCGCAUCUGCUCCCGCACAGGGCACACCCGGCCGGCGCAGGCGCAGAAGGGGGAGGAGGAGGACAGACGGGGAUUCCGAGGGGAGCGGGGAGGAGAGGGGGGUCCAUGGAGUGGUGGGGAGUGAGGAAGGGGAAGUGGCUGUGAAAGAAGGGGGCUUAGAAGCUGGCGGGGAUGGAAGCAAUGGGGUGGUUAGGGAUGAGAUGAUGGUGAAGAGUGAUGAGAAGGGUGGUGGAAGUGAUACAGUACAAGGUGGGGAGUGUGUGAGAAGCAACGAUGGGGGAAGGGGUGAUGACAGUCAGGCCGAUGGAAGUGGAGAUGAAAAGAGCUUGGGCUCUGGGCGUGUGGAGGUUGAAGAGGGAUUGGAUCACCCGGGUGUGGGCAAGGGAGGGCCGGUGCACCCGUUCCAUCCGCACGUGCGCGUGACAGGGGGCGUGCUGGGGGAGGAGUGUGCGGAGGUGAUGAGGGAGUUCUUCAGAGCCAGGCGGAGGCAGCAGGCCGAGGAGAGAAGGGAGCGCAAGGCAAGGGAAGCGCUUGCGGGAAGUUGA